GGCACGAAAUCAGCGAGCGAGUCCGGAGGAAGGAAAUGUGCUUGGCACCCACCGAUCGAAGCGCAUCCAAUCCGAUCCGUUCGCGUCCUUGGCGCGUGAUUUCGUGUGUUGCACUUGUUUCGUGUUGGCUGUUCGAGUAGACAUGACAUAACAAUGCCAGCAGUAAUGGAACUCUUCGAUGCUGCUUCUUCGCCUGGACGCUGUGGUGUUCAGGAAUCUGGUGAGCCGUCCAUCAAAGAGCUGCUUCAGCGAGCGUACAGUGCACACGUCAGCGAAACUGAAGGCCUACAGAAGCAAGUGUUGUUGCUGACGGCACUAGUCUCCGAAAAAGAAAAAGAGUUGCGCAAUGUUUCCUGCCAGCGUUGUGCUUCUGUGAAGGACACCUUUGAGCGCUACAAGGCCAGCAAUCAGCAGAUGAUCGAGAAGCUGGAGACCAAGAUCAGGCUGCUUGAAGAAAAAAAUGCAAUGCAAGAGAAAGAGCUUCGUGAAAGAAAUGCCAGCCCCAUUGGGAAUGGCUCUUCACUGCGAGCAGACAAGAAUGGCACGUCGAGCGAGUACAGGCUGCAACUUCUCGAUGGCACAGUUAGUCCCAAACUGUGGGACUCAAUUCUGCAAGAUGACUCACUGGGGCACACGAGCUGCCUCGUGCCCCCCUCUCCUGCCAGCCCUGAGAAGUCUUUCGACUACAAAGAAGCUCCGGAGGCAUUUAGGUGCACGGAUGCGACAAGCAGCAAAGGCCAGGGAUAUUCUGCCACAUGCUGCGGUGCAGACUGUGCCGGAGACGUUGGAAUGUGAGCUCUAUGAUGGCCGUGCUGAUGAUGAAAUUGCAACAUACCAGCCGCAGCAUUCAGCAGUCGUAGAGGAAGACAGCAAUGAGGGUUUCGUUCAAUCGAGACAAGCUGUAGAACAAGUGCCAAACAACAAUUUUGUGAA